CAGCAGAGGCACAUCUAAAAGUUGCAGGACAGCGGACCUAGAAGACUGGAGUUUGAGACCCCUCUCGCACCUGACACGCCAGUAAGCCUAAUAAAACUGAUUGGACGCUGUUAGUCAACGUGAUGACGGCAUCCGUUUAGUCGAGACCACGUGAUUCCUUUACCUGUGCCCAGCCUAUUUACUUCUUCUGCUGAGUCGAACCGCUGCGCUCACAUAGGUUUCAGUUAAUACGCGUUUCUUAGAACACUUUUAGAUAUUUAUCUUGGUGUGCUAAACAGCAUUCUGUUGUAGUUCCCUUCUGUGUUGUAGCCUUUCUUUAGGUUUGGACUUCGACCUCCGCUGUUGAGGCACCUGUUAAAAACAAGGAAGUCUAUCCCUGCUCAACACGUUUCGUAUAUUAAAUUAAAAACGGGUUUUGUAGAUGAUCACGGUUGACAAACGGGUGUUUUGUGCUCUAUGCUGAUCCUUUAACCCUGACCCAGGACGAUCACUGUCAUCUAAACAGGAUAAAGCUGCUUUCCACUCGGAACAAGAUGAACGACUCUUUGGACAUGGAUUCAUCGUCCGAAAAUAACUCGAUUGUUCACCUGGAUGAACCAAUCCUUCCGGAAAACAUAACCAUCAUUCGGACAAUGAACGGGUCACUCACGGAGGGUCAGAUGUUUCUGAACACGGUGACUGCUCAGGCCCUGUCUGGGAUAUUUGUCUGGUCCGCCUUGCUCAUAACAUGCCACCAGAUCUACACACACCUUCGGUCCUAUACUGUCCCCAAUGAGCAGCGCUACAUCAUCCGCAUACUGUUCAUUGUGCCAGUUUAUGCCUUUGACUCCUGGCUCAGCCUCCUAUUCAUCAGCAAUGACCAGUACUAUGUUUAUUUUGAUUCCAUUCGAGACUGUUAUGAAGCUUUUGUUAUUUACAAUUUCCUGAGCCUGUCCUUCGAGUAUCUUGGAGGAGAGAGUGCAAUCAUGUCUGAGAUUAGAGGGAAGCCUAUACAGUCAAGUUGUUUAUAUGGGACGUGUUGUCUGGUUGGAAUGAGCUACUCCAUCGGCUUCUUAAGAUUCUGCAAACAGGCGACUCUCCAGUUCUGUGCUGUCAAACCCAUCAUGGCGGCCAUCACCAUCAUCCUACAGGCCUUUGGCAAAUAUCACGACGGAGAUUUUAAUGUUAAUGGAGGCUACCUGUACAUCACAAUCAUCUACAACUUCUCUGUGAGCCUGGCUCUCUAUGCACUCUUUCUUUUCUACUUUGCCACAAGUGACCUGCUCAGACCGUAUGAACCCGUGCUCAAAUUCCUCACAAUAAAGUCUGUCAUAUUUUUAUCCUUCUGGCAAGGAAUGGUCCUUGCUAUCCUGGAGCGGUGCGGCGUCAUUCCCAACGCACUUUUCAUCGAAGGACAUGAAGUGGGUACUGGAACCGUUGCAGCUGGCUGGCAGAACUUCAUCAUCUGCAUCGAAAUGUUCUUUGCUGCCAUUGCGCUCCGAUAUGCCUUCACCUGCACAGUCUACCAAGAGAAGAAAAACGACGUACCAGAGAAUCUUCCCCCAAUGCAGAGCAUCUCCAGCGGCUUAAAGGAAACCAUAAACCCAGGUGACAUGGUUCAGGACGCCAUCCACAACUUCUCGCCAGCGUAUCAGCAGUACACUCAGCAAUCCACACAGGAGGUCAGCCAGCCCGGCACUAAAGGAAAAGUGGCCACGGGCAACAAGAGCUCUCACAAGUCUGACAAAAUCAUGCUGAUUACAUCAGAUGAUGAGUUCUAGGCAUGUUUCCAGCAAGAGACCCAGGUGUUGGUGCCCUUUCCACCUUUACCUAUGACCCCCUGGGGAAAAAGCUGUGUUGCAUUACUCGCUGAACUGGGUUGAACACAAGCGGUUCAUUUUCACAAGUACUUAAACAGGACUACCUGCUUCUAUAAUGAUGAUUUUAAUCAGAGGAUGUGCAUGAAAUUUUAAGUUUUAAAUUUUGUCACUGAAUGUGCCGAGAACUGAUCCGUCUCCGUCUUGCUGCGAUAAUCUAGAAAAUGACAUGUCAUCUUCACUUCAUCACUCGAGUCAGGAGUCACGCGCUUCCCUUAAAUGAAGCUGCCGGAUUUUCAGCUGCGUCCCCCAAUGCCGACACCGUCUGCACCAUCUCGCCAUGGCAGCCUCUCUGGCUGUCUGAAGUGUGUUCCAUCUGAAUCAUGUCAGUUUCAAAGAGCAGAUGAUUAAUAUGUGACUCCAGGUGGGAGGCAGGGGAAGCCGGCAAUGGCUGAGAAUGGCACUUCAUGGACCGUUACUCACAUCUGCUUGUUUGAAGUAUUUGCUAAGCAUUCCUCAGCAAGGUUUCCUGACGAAUGAAAGGCUUUUUUUUCAAAGACUUAUUAGUUUUGGAGCAGGCAAUUGGAACUGCACUUCACUAUCCUUUGUAUCCACCAUAACAGGCACAAAUUAGACAAACCUAUUGUCUACAAAGGGGGAAGUUGGAUCAUCUCAUUAAUUUUCUCAGCAUGCUAAGGAAUAGCCCAAAUACAUACCCAGAUUAAGUAAUUUUUUUCUUAAGGAAUAUUCUAUAUUGUUACUAUUUUUUGUGUAGUUUUUAUGAUUUGAUUUCAAUGCUCAUGUUAUCCCAUCUUGCAAGGGUCAUGAAAUGUGUUCACAAGCUAAUUAGUGUUAAUUUUACUGCUCAGUAUGGUCUGUGUACAAAUAUGUAAUUGUAAACAUUUUAUUCUAUUUAUUGUGAAAAGUUCGGGCCAUUUCAACUAUUGAACAUUUAUACAUUUUACUUUUUAUUCUCAAUUUUUAUGGUUAAACCUCUAUUUGAAAGUAUAGCUUUGCAGGGACUUUUUUGUUAAGUUA